AUUUACCUCUAAUCUUCCAGGAAAAGAAAAUUGUUUCUAUAAAUACCCACAUUCGAAGAUCGAUCUUUACAAUCUCUCUUCCUAGCUCCCUCAAAAAAUCCUUCAUGGCUAUUAGGAAACUUUACGGGACUCUUGGUUCUGUGGACACAUUACGAGCCCUGGCUUCCAUCUUUGAACAUGAGCUUGAUUUUGAGUUCAUACCAAUUGACCCUGACACCGGAGAGCAUAAAUCUGAAUCCUUCCUCUCUUUAAGUCCCUUUGGUCAGGUUCCAGUCUACCAGGACGACGAUUUGACUCUAUUUGAAUCAAGGGCCAUGAUGAGGUUUAUAUCUCAUUGUUAUCCAAAACCUGAAAACGAGCAGAUCUACGUGGUGCCAAAGCAACAGGGAAUAGCGGCUUCCUGGAUCGACGUUGAGGAUUACCAUUUUAGCGCCCCAGCCGCAAGACUCAGGCAGGAGGUGGUGGAGAAGCCAGAAAAGGGGCUGCCAACGGACAAAGAAGUGGUGGCAGAAGAGGAGGCGAAGCUGGCUAAGCUUCUGGACGCGUACGAAGAGCGGCUAACAAAUUGUAAGUACUUGGGAGGAGAUAAGUUUACCUCCGCCGAUCUCACUCACCUCCCUCACUUGUACUACCUAAUGGCAACGCCGGUGAAGCGGCUGUUUGAAGAGCGGCCAAAGGUUUGUGCAUGGUGCAGGAGCAUAUUGUCUCGCCCGGCUUGGACCAAGGUGGUUGAAAUGGUUGACAAAAAUAAGGUGUAGAUGGAAAUUUUAUGCUUGAAAUCGACAUCCCUAUUCUAUUUUGAUUCUCUAGAUUAUCAUUAGAAUAUUGGAAACUUGUGAUUAAGACUUGCACGUACUGAAGCGACCCCAAUUUUAUGUUAGGUAAAUUGUAGACCUAGCAUAAAUAAAUGGGCUUAGAAUAAGUGAAAGUCCAUUUUGAGAUAUUAUGUGAGAGAAUGGAUCACAAUAUAAAUUAUAAGUAAAAUGAGUGAUUUAAGUGUUAA